UUUUUCACACAGUUAUAAAUGCAUGCAACAGCUAACCAAGGGACGACAUCUGCUGUAUUUUUCCGUGACAGGGAUUGCAAUUGUCUGUGAAUCAUCGCUCAUGGCUGCUGUCUUUGCAUACCUGUAUAUUAACGGCUCUAGAUAACUCUGCCAAUCUCCUGUGUGUGUGUGUGUGUGUGUGUGUCCUCUCCUCUCUCUGAGCUCUCUGAUAACACAGCAAGUUUGCACCCUGUGAUUAGAUUAACCUGACUCAGCCCGAUAAACCUGAUUAUCCAGCUGGAGAGACUCUGAGGGAGAGACAGAUGGAAACGCGUAACACCAGAGGAGGACUCGAAGAUCAAGCCUUAGACUGUUUAAUCGGACACAAUGAGGGCAGCUCCUCUCUUCACAGUCAUCUUGCUGACUGCGGGAGUCACCUCUGAAAAAGCUCAAGAACAACCCCCCCGGCUGAGCCUGGCUGAUGCGGGACGGAUCACUGAAGGAGAUGCCUUCACCCUGCGCUGCGAGGUUCGGGGUGAAGGUUGGAAAUUUCUCUGGAUCAAAGUCAGCGAGGGAGGCGAGAUGUUCGACAGCGGUACGGGAGGGAACUACACAGUCCGUUCCGCAGCCCUGGUUAAUAGCGGACAGUACUGGUGUUUCGCUGGAAGAAACGAUGGGAUGUAUUAUGUCAGUAACGGGUUAAGCGUUCAAGUAACCGUCCCUAGUACAACACCGCUGACAACUGCCUCCUCUACUGCGAAAACGACAGCUGAGAAAACUGACCUCGCCCAAGCGUCCAGAUCAACUCGGACUCCAACCCCUUCAAACAGCGAGAGAAAGACCGCUGUGCCUGCUGCUAAUUCUGACCAAGGCAAACCACACGGAUCCAGCCUGUGUACGAUGUCCAACACCGGACUGCCAGUGACUGCGCGCCGUGCUGAGAACACGAUGCUGGGGUCUGCAGAUCAAACUGACCCCGGCAAGCAAGCAGAGUCUGUCUUUCUGCAGCCCUGGUUCCUGAUCACUGCUGUGCUCUGCUCUGUCCUUCUCGUGGUGUCUGUCAUCCUGGUGCUGGUGUACCAGCCAGACCAGAGAUACACAGUCGGCCACACUACAACGUUCCGAAGACGCGGAGUGCAGCUGAUCAGAUAUAUGGAGCAAGAGGAGCCCCCUGCCGGCGACACUGCAAUGGGAGAGUGAACUUUGCCACCAUCUCAAGACCCCAGGGAGCAGGGGGCGUGUCUUUAAAAGAAGCCGGUGACGUCACUCUGUGCGCUCGAUUUGACAUGAAACACACAGUUUGCAUUGCGCUUGAAUCUCAUUUCUGUACCUUCAGUGUCUCUUGGAAAAUGAGUGACAAACUCAAUACAAGUAUGGUAAUAUAAAACUUUUAAAAACUGAGAGAAGUUUUUAUUUAUUUAUUCAUUGAUCUGUAAUUGUCUUAUCUUGUGGGUGACUGGUUUAUUGGUUUGAAAUAACACAUACAUACGCACACACACACACGCACGCACACACACGCACACACACGCACGCACAAAGUUCCGAUUCAUGUCAACUCACGUACAGUACACGAACGCGUUGAAAUCAUUCAUUACAGGGCUUCUUGAACAAGUAUGUCUCAAAGUGUGUGUGUGGUUUAAAGGACAAUAGCGCCACCUACUGGCACCGUCGGGUCUUGUUAACACGUGCGCACACACUGCGUGUGAUUCUAUAUCUGUUGCAAUACCAGCGAGACGUUUUCAUGAAUGAUUAACAAGCAUCUAUUUGUAAGAUUCACAAAACAAACUGUGCAGACAGGACUCUGUGUGUGUGUGAGAGAGAGAGAGAGAGAGAGAGAGAGAGAGAGAGAGAGAGAGAGAGAGAGAGAGAGAGAGAGAGAGAGAGAGAGAGAGAGAGAGAGAGAGAGAGAGAGAGAGGGGGGGGAGUGAACUGGCGUUUAGUGAAAGUGUGUGUGUGUGUGUGUGAGAGAGAGAGAGAGAGAGAGAGAGAGAGAGAGAACAGGCGUUUAGUGGAAGUAUGUGUCUGGGGGGAUGUGUGUCAGUUCCUAGUGAAGAGACAGUCCAGACCAGAUAAAGCAGUGGGUGAGGUUAGAGAGAGACAGGGGGUUUAAAUUGGACAGUCACUCGCCCCCUUUCUUUUGUCCAGGGCCGCGACCCUCUAUUCUGUGUAUAUGGAGAGCGGUGAUUGGAGGGAAGUUGAAUGGAAUAGCCUCCCUUUUUGGCUCUGUCAUUAAGCACCGUUAUUCCCGAUUCAUUGUUAUUCAGUUCGAGCGCUUUUCAACGCUGCAGCGUCGCCUCGGUUUAGAGUCUUUUAGUGGACGACGCUGACCGGCUCUGGAUGGAGAGGAUAUUGCUGAACUAAAAUACGAAAGAGAGAAAGAAAGAAAGAUAGAAAGAUAAA